AUGGCACCUAGGCCUCCUCCUCCUCCACCCACAAAUCCUGAUGCACCUGAUAUGAUGAGGAUGAUGGAAUCAGUGAUCAGUGCGAUGCAGCAGCAAAAUACUACUUUGAGGCAGUAUUUGAACUUGUUGACCGGUGGAAGGGCUGUGGCUGGACCCUCAUCUUCUUCUUCCACACAACCUCAAGAGUGGAGCCUUGAGAAUUUCUUGCAGCAUCGUCUAGCUAAGUUUAAUGGACAGGUUAGCCCGGAUGAGGCGGAUAGGUGGUUUAGAGAUAUGGAGCGCAUCUUUAAUGCCAAGAGGUGUUCAGAAGAGAAUAGAUUGGCUUUCACGGAGUAUUUAUUAUCCAAGGAAGCUAGUCACUGGUGGAGUAGUGUGAGGACGAUACUGGAGGGCAACAACACUCCUAUCACUUGGGAGCUGUUCAAGGAGAAAUUUUAUGCUAAAUAUUUUUCUGACAGCGUCAGAUUUGACAAGGAGAUUGAAUUCCUACAACUGGUUCAGGGAAAUAUGCCAGUCUCUGAGUAUGCAGACCAGUUCAAGCAUCUGAUCAUGUUUCAUACAGUGCCGAUGAGUGAAGUUUGGCAGUGUCGGAAAUUUGAGAAUGGCUUGAGAGGACAAAUCAAGUUAUUGGUGAAAGGACUUUCUAUUAAGGAAUUCCCUACUUUGGUGGAAAUGGCAAGAGUCAUGGAGAAGACCAAGUUGGGAGUUGAUAGCUAG